AGCUGCUCGGAGAGUGCAUACAUGGCUUGUAUGACAGCAACAGCACACAGAAGCAGCAAUGAAAUGCAGUUAGCAAUAGAGCUGAGAGACAGACAGCGAGGCAGGCACUGGUCCAGUGACUAAAAUGAUCCUACCGUGAGCCAGCCUGCAGUGUCUCCAAAAGUGGCUGACUACUACACAGGAGCUCGGCUUUCUUUUCAAUUACUCCAGUUCCCCCCCCUGCCCCGGGUAACGGCAGUGUGUGCUCUGCUUUGUUUUUAUUUGCCUUUUUGUUUCUUCUUUUUUCACAUCCCACCACCACUCGUCUCCCUCUCUCUCCUCCCGUGUCCUUCACUCCAGGAUGGCGGAAGCGGAGUUGCACAAGGAAAGGCUCCAAGCCAUAGCAGAGAAAAGAAAAAGGCAGACAGAAAUAGAAGGCAAGAGACAACAGCUUGAGGACCAGAUACUUCAGCUGCAGCAUUUCAAGUCAAAAGCUCUUCGGGAAAAAUGGCUGCUACAGGGAAUUCCUGCUGGCUCCGCGGAAGAGGAAGAAGCCAGAAAGAGGCAGUCAGAAGAGGAUGAGUUGAAGGUGAAAAAGCUGGAAGAAAACAUACACAGGCUGGAACAAGAAAUACAGAAAUUAGAAAGUGAGGAAUCCCAAAUAUCUGCCAAAGAACAAAUAAUUUUGGAGAAACUGAAGGAAACUGAGAAAUCCUUCGACAACUUGCAAAAGAGUUUCUCACACCAGGAUGGGGAUGCAGUAAAUUACAUUUACUCCCAGAUCCCUGAACUCCCAACCCUCUAUUCACGAACAGCAGAUCCAGUUCCUGGGUGGGACGGAGCAAGCAGAGUAGCUGCUUUGUGCACCAUGGAAAUUAAUGUGGAGAAAGACAAACAGACAGGAGAGACCAAGAUUGUCUCUGCUUCACCUAUUGGCCCAGAUGAGGCCCAUCAAAGAGGAUUCAAAGUCUAUGAUGAUGGUACCAAGGUAGUCUAUGAGGUUCACUCUGGUGGCACAGUGGUAGAAAAUGGAGUACAUAAAUUAAGCUCAAAGGACGUAGAUGAACUUAUGCAAAAAGCUGGACAAUCAAAUGUAAAAGGAGGGUAUGAAACAGUGACUGUGUCAGACAGAAAUGUGGUAGCUGAUGGAAACCUUAGCCAUAUGAAGGAGCAAAUGCUCUUCAAGGAGGCAAAGCUGGAAAUGGUACACAAACCCAGCAAAGGGCAUGCUGUGAACCCUCAUCCCCAAGAUAAACCCUGUGGUGGCAAAGCCCCAGAGGCCAGUGCAGAGCAGCCAGUGACAAUGAUAUUUAUGGGCUACCAGAACAUUGAUGAUGAGGAGGAGACGAAGAAAGUGCUGGGCUAUGACGAGACCAUCAAGGCAGAGCUCGUCCUGAUUGAUGAAGACGAUGAGAAGUCAUUGCGGGAGAAGACAGUGACAGAUGUCUCCACAAUGGAUGGAAACGCUGCUGAGCUGGUCUCCGGUAGGCCCUUGUCGGAUACGACAGAGCCCUCCUCUCCCGAAGGGAAGGAAGAGAGCCUGCCCUUGGAAGCUGCCCCAGGCACAGGAGGAUCGGAUAUGUUGCCGAGGGACCCGCUGGGACCGUGCUCCUGUGAAAGUCCCGAAGCCAAGGAGGGUGCAGGGAAAUCUUCCAGAAUCCCUGAGGAUGACAUCAGGUUGAGAAAAAACAGAGACCAAAACUGUGCCAAUUUCCUGGAGCCAGCUAGUGUGCUUGCUACAAAGGAAGAGAAAAUGGAAAUUGAAGUUCCAGUUUCUGAACAUAAAAGUAUCACCACAGUGGCUUCACCACAUCCCAUAGACAGUCCAACCCACUUCUUUUCCCCUGCUGCCAGCCACAAUGGACUUAAGGACAGGCACGAAUCUCUGGAUAGUGAAGUUGCUAAAGAGAUCAGAUACCUAGAUGAAGUGCUGGAAGCAAAUUGCUGUGAUUCUGCUGCAGAUAAUACCUUUAAUGGGACAUCCUCCCCUGAACCAAGUGCAGUCUCCAUUAUGGAUGGCUCGGGGGCAUCUGAUAAUGUCAGUAAUGAUUCAGUACUCAGUGAAAGAGAAGAAAUUGUAGCCAACAGGCAGGCACCCUUGGUAGUUGAACCACGUGAAGCUAGUGCAAAGGAUGAGAACCUGAAAUCUAAUGGCCAUUCCUUGGGUGCAGUGAAAGAAGACACCAGGGACAGUCUGAAGGUGCCAGGAAGUCCCACAUCUUCAAACAGUUCUAGAAGGUCCUCUAAAGAUGGAGAAACAACUCUUACAACCCUUAAAAAAGAGGCUAAGUUUGAACUACGAGCCUUCCAUGAAGAUAAAAAGCCCUCAAAGCUUUUUGAAGAUGAAGAAGAAAAGGAAAAAUACAGGGUACGUAAAGUGAGACCAUCAGAGGAGAUGAUGGAACUUGAAAAGGAAAGAAGGGAACUCAUUAAAAGCCAGGCUGUCAAGAAAAACCCUAACAUUGCCGCCAAAUGGUGGAACCCUCCCCAGGAGAAGUCCCUGGAGGAUCAGCUAGAUGAAGAGCAUCUAGAGUCCCACAAGAAGUACAAGGAGCGCAAGGAGAGACAGCAGCAGCAAGGUGCAAUACCAACAUCCCCCAAACAGGUCAGCUGCUCCUUUGUACCACCAGAGCCAGUCAAUAUCAAGAAAGAGGAUAUUGUCACAGAGCAAAUUGACUUCUCAGCUGCCAGAAAGCAGUUCCAGCUGAUGGAGCAUUCAGGUCUGUCUCAGGGUCAGGCCCCACCAAGGCGGUCAGGAACACCCAAAAUGUUCUCCAUCAAACCCUUCUACAAAAGCCUCAAUUCUCCACAAGUAGACAAGCAGCUGUCCUCUGUGACAAGACCCAUUUCAGUGUGUGGGCAAACGGGACAGCUUGAAGGUAAUGAUGCCACUGUUGUCAAAGCACAGAAGGUCUCUGGUAGCAUAGAAGAUGAUACAAAUGUUCAGACUACCACUGCUGACCCAGUAAGAGAGUCACCAUGCAGUGAUAGCCCCAGAGCUGGACAGGCCUCAAAACUGUGGGCAGAGGAUGGAGAAUUCAUGAGUGCAAGAGCAGUCUUCACAGUGGUGAAGGAUGAUGGACAGGGCAUGCUAGACCAGUUCCCAAAGUCAGGCAGCGCCUCUUCCCCUCCAGAGGAGCUUGACUCUGGUUUGGAUGACUUGUCUGUCAGGUCUCAGGAUACCACUGUCUUGGAGACCCUUUCCAAUGACUUCAGCAUGGAUAACAUCAGUGACAGUGGUGCCUCCAAUGAGACCAUGAGCGCCCUGCAGGAAAGCUCACUGGCUGAUUUCUCCCUGCCACAGACCCCGCAGGCUGACACCCCAGCAGAGUGCAGGGAAGAAAAUAUCUCCAAGUCGUUCAGUGACCCGGGCUGUGACUUGCCCUCCUCUGCCUUGGCAGAUUCCAUGCUGAUUGAUGACCAGCUGGAGUACCAUGCUGGCCUGCUGGUUCAAAAUGCCAUCCAACAAGCCAUAGCUGAGCAGGUGGAUAAAGCAAAUUGCAAGGAGGAAGAAAUCCGAGCAGAGAAGGAGAUCUCAGUCAAAGAGCAGCCAGUCACCACCAGGCCAGCUCCAGCCUCCAAGGAGCAGCAGAACCCAAUGUUUGAGCCACCCCAGGUGUCUUCACCUGUUCAAGAAAAAAGGGACAGCAUACCAAAGACUUCAAAAGAGGAAGACUCAGGACUCAGGGAAGGGAAGAGUUUGCAGCAGUCACCUGUGUACUCAGCCAGCCAGCCAUUCUUUGUGGAGGAACACAAGCACGAAGUCAGCUACUUCAGCAAGUAUUCAGAGGCAGCUGAGCUGAGGAGCACUGCCUCCAUCCUAGCCAUGCAGGAGCCUGAAGUGACUGUGGGCCCUUUCAAGUUACGGUCAAGGAAGCAGCGGACUUUGUCGAUGAUAGAAGAAGAGAUCAGAGCUGCCCAGGAACGAGAAGAGGAGCUGAAAAGGCAGAGGCAAGGUCUGCAGAUGGCACCAAGCCCUGUUACGAAGAGUGCACCACCCAUGCCCACCAGAACUGUGUCUUAUAAAACUGCACCAGGAAAGAUAGAGAAGAUCAAGCCUCCUCCAUCCCCCACCACAGAAGGCCCCGUCUCACAGUCUGACCCACCACCUGAAGAGCCUACGGGAGCCCAGCGACCUAAGAAUCUGAUGCAGACACUCAUGGAGGAUUAUGAAACACACAAAACAAAGAGACGAGAAAGGAUGGAUGACAGCAGUGUCCUUGAGGCAACCAGGGUGAACCGCAGGAAGAGUGCUCUGGCACUGCGUUGGGAAGCUGGCAUUUAUGCCAACCGGGAGGAGGACGAAUAACCACACCGCAGUGUGAAGACAGCGACCAGGCACACCGAAACCAAAAAAAAAGAGAAAGGAAGGAAGAAAAAGACAAAAAACCAACACAAAAACCACCACGAAAGCAGCAGCAUUUUAGUCCAGUAUUUAUUAAAUACACAACAAACUCGAUGCACAUAGACACAGAAACGAUCCAGCUCCUGGCAAUCCUAGAACAACAGGAAAAGCCCACCUAGAAAAUAUCCCCUUCUCCUUCCCUCCAUCCCCCGUCUGAAAUAAUGCAAUGGAGAGGGUGCAGGGGGUGGAAACCCUGGGGGUGGGGGACAAGGGUGCUGUUGUCCCCAUGUACCAGAGAGGCUGCAGGCACAUGGUGGGAGGUCGACGUGGAGGAGCCUAUGGCCAGGGCUUGUCCUCGUGCGUCCUGCUGACUGAAUCGACAGCCCUGCCUUGCCCCUGGGACCCCUGUCACCCCAGCCGCUCCUGUUGGACCCUCCUGCAGUUCCUUUGCCUCCUACAGUUGCUGCACUGAGACCAUCAGUGUUGCUUCGGCAUACUCUUAUCCAGCCACAAAACAACGAUAUUGCCCUCUGUUGCUGUUUCUUUGAGAGGAUUGAAGGGUUGGGGUUUGGGACUGGGGUGUUUUUUGGGCAGGAUGGAUUCUGCUCCUCUUUCUAGUAAUUUAUCUGUUUCAAAGGAGAAAAAAAAAAAAAGCAAACAGGGAGGCAGUUAUUGCAAAUGUACAAUCUAGUAGACUCAGUACAACAGUCCUUGUGUUGCAAACACAAGCCAUCACAAUUUAGGAGUGGAAUAGAUGGGGAUGAGAGCUAAGCCAAAUGGAUUACCUUAGCUUUAGGAUCCUAUAUGCUUGCAAUAUCACCUGAGCUCCAGGUUCUCAGAGCAUAUUUACAUAACAAAGUUUCUAAAUAGAAAAUCUGUAUUUAGUGGAUGACAACUAUUUUUUGAUGGUGGGGAGGGAAAAGAAUGGCAUAUGUGUAAACUCUAUGAAGAUGGAUAAUUUGAAGUAGAAAGGUAGUGGGAAAGGGAUACAAAUAAAGGACAUUUAAUUUGUAAAUGAGGCAAUAAGUGAACUAAGCCAGCCUGUGGCCUAGAAAGAGGUAUGAAAUAAAGAAGAAAGAUAGUUACGUCUUCAACUAUAUUUAUACAACAUAAAAAGCCUUUGAAGUAGAGUGCUUUAUGGAAGUCUUCACGUCUCCAGGCAACAAAAAAAGCUAAAGGGCAUAAUGUGUUGGAAGGAGUGAACAAGGAAGAGCAGACAAGGGAAGAAAACAUAAUUUUUGCCGUUCAGCCAGUGUUUUCAGUGCUACAAGCAAACCAUAGAGCCUUUAGUUAUUGCUUAGGCUUGGGAUCAGCAGUGAAGGAUUAGUAUGGAUCUGUGUGUGUGUGUGCAUGGGUGUGUGCGUGUGUGUGCGUGUGCGUGCGCGUGUGUGUGUGUGUGUGUGUGCAGGCGUGUGCAUGAGGCUGGCAUACCAAAAAGUGUAUGGCAGUGCAUGUACUGAUUAUUUUCUCCAAAGCUGUUGUAUCAGCUAUAGGAAUGAGUGCUAAUUUCUUUUUCUUUUUUUUUUUCUGAAAGGGGAUAUAAAAACAAGGCACUGAGUUAAUGCAGUAUUUGUGAUAUUAAAAUUUGACCCAACAUGGUAUUUGCAUGAGUCACAAUUGCAAAGUAUUGACCAGUUUUGUAAGCUGACAAUUAGGAAAAGAAAUGUGGUAUUUAUUCUUGUGCUUUGUAUUUGUAUGUAGUAUAGAGGCUGCGGGUUUACUCUUUGUUUUCACGCAAGCAAUACAAUAAGAGUAUUUUACAGCUGGGAACCAUAAUUUCUGGACUAGAAACCAACAAGUUUGGGAGGUGACAGAAAAAAAGACAUGGAGCUUUUUUCUAUAUGAAAUAAUCUGUCUUUUUUAUAAACAAAAAUUCUUAUUUUGACAUCUUUUUAAAAAGUCAUCAGCCAGGAUACUGGUCCUCCCUUAAGCGUUUCCUUGGUUUUAUGACCUGCUGUGCUGUUUGAUCCUGAAACAGUGAGCUUAUUUAAAAUGAGUACCGAUACUGUGAACAUAUUUCUGGUGCUUUUCUUAAACAGAGCUUGCAACCAAAUUAUUCCCCCCACACACACUUCAGUUCCUCCAGCAUGUGAUUUCUGUCCCUGGACACUAUCAUUUUGAGGCUUAUUUUCAGGGAAUUGUAGCAAAUACAAUUACAUAUACCCGUUAACUCGGUUCUGUCAAUUGUCUCCCUAAGUGCUCUUGGACAGAUGAAAACCCUGCUGAUCCGAGUGUUCACUGUGAUAAGGGCAGCAAGCUUAGCUCAAGGAUGCUCUCUAAACCCAGGUGCAUGGGGAGGCACCAUGCCUGUGAAGGAAUUACAUACUUGAUGAAGUAGACCCAUUGUCCAGACAUGGCAAUCAACAGUGAACUGUGAUUCCUGUCUGCAGGCAGGUCGUUACCAUCAGACUAGGAAAAGCAACGCCACUAAUGCAGCACUCUAGUGAGACCAUAUCUCAUGUAGCCAGAUUCACGAGUUCUGUGCAUCUGUAACAAGAGGAGUCCUGGCUCCGUCCAUCCUUUAGGAAAGCUUAAGUGAGACUGGGAAAAAGGGGUUUCCUGAGCAGAGGAGACGGCCCCUGUACUUACAGUGAUGUGGUCUUGCACCAAAGGAUGCUCUUCAGACUUGCUCCCUGAAACUGCCUUCCCAGGAGCCUGCACCUUUCUUUUCUAGAAAGGGGAUGUGUUGUUGGGGAGAGGCCAGGCAGGAGUCCUCUGUGCUAGAAGCAUUUGCUUGCAGCUUCUGUGGCAAAAAUAUUUGCAUGUAUCAGUCCAGGACAGCCAAACUUUCCAUCCAGCAGAGUUUUUCUCUUCCAGAAAUUAUGGACACUCAUAGUCAGCAGCACACAUUCAGUGCUGUGGUAACGCGAGUGCGAUACAGUUUACCUGCCUCUGUUAUUUCAUUUGCAUGCUACCAAGCUUAGGUGUUUAUAAGUAUACGCCAGUAAUACAUAUCUAUCUAUAUAUAACUAUAUCAAAUGCAACAAAAGAGCACUAUUGCAGAGUUAACUUUGUCUCCACAAAAGAAACACUCAGAUCCUUUUCCCUUGGCAAAGACUGGUUUUAAUGAAACUGUGUAUUGAGAAAUAGUUAAGCAUUAGCUUUUGUGAUUAUAAUCAGUUUGGGGUUACAGUGCAGGUUUUCUGAACAAUUCGUUUUAAAAGCUGCCAGUUUGGGCUUCAUCUUGCUCCAUACUGACAUUAUCUGAAGGAAAAUACAGUCACAUCGGUGUGUUUGACAACCAAGUCAGCAUCCUUAUCAUGACUUACCAACCAGUUUCAACAAUACCUGGCUUUCUGUAUGUUAACCACUUAAAUGUUAUCCUGCUUCUGUUUUAUAGUGACUGUGAGGCCUACAAUGCAAGUAUAUAAUUAUUUUCUCAUUAAAACAGAAACCUGUGUUGUGUUUCUAUAAA